AUGGCAUGCUCGAGGCGCCCAGUCAUCGAUUUCUCUCAUACCCACACCGCACCUCUCUUCCCCCCAGUCUAUUCCUACGAAGCUCCUGCGGUAAAGGGAACCAGCAAAUCGCAAGAGUCGCUCGUCAUGGACAUCUUCAAGCGCCACGACAAGCACAAUGCCGACAAGAAAAGCCCCAAGGCGAGUCCCAAAGUGGAAGCCCAGGCGGCCGCAACGCUCAACAUGAGCGUCGAGUCUCCACCAAUCGUCUUCUACAACAGCGCCCAAUCGUCCACUGGCGCCAUUUUCUCUGGCCAGCUGAUGAUGAGCAUCCACGAGCCAUACGUCACCAUCAACAAGUUUGAGAUGCGCCUACUGGCCAUCGUAUCCACCAAGAAGCCUGUUGCACCCCACUGUCCAGACUGCAGCGCUCAGACGACCGAAAUCCACACCUGGGAGUUUCUGACGCACCCCGCGUCUCUUCGUCACGGGUCACACAGCUACCCCUUCAGCCAUUUGCUGCCAGGUCACCUGCCCGCAACCACGCAUGGAAACCUUGCCACUUUGGACUACUACCUUUCGGCGGUCGCUACCUUGGCCAAUGGCGACAAGAUCACCUACAGGCGCAGCAUUGACGUCAAGCGCGCCAUCUUCCCCGGACCCGAGAAGCACUCCAUCCGCAUUUUCCCACCCACCAAUCUGACAGCUUCCGUGAAGCUGCCCCCGGUGAUCCAUCCGAUUGGCGACUUCCCUAUCGAGAUGCGCUUGUCUGGUAUUGUGCAGAACAAGGCCGAUUCUCAGACUCGCUGGAGGCUGAGAAAGCUCAACUGGCGCAUCGAGGAGACCCAGAAGUUCAUUGCCCCAGCCUGCACCAAGCACAUCCAGAAAGUUGGCGGUGAAGGUAAGGGCGUUCUCCACGAGGAUGUCCGUGCCAUCGCCAACGAGGAGGUCAAGACUGGCUGGAAGACAGAUUUUGAGCGCGGCGAGAUUGACGUCGAGUUCAACGCUGCCUGCAACGUGGCUUUAAAGCCGCUUUGCGACAUGGACAGCCAGAACGGCAUGAGCGUCAAGCACAACCUCAUCAUCGAAAUGGUUGUUGCUGAGGACUCAGCCAAAGCCACCCCCACUGGUGCUGCACGCGUCCUCCGCACCCAGUUCCACCUCACUCUCACCGAGCGCUCUGGAAUGGGCAUUGCUUGGGAUGAGGAGCAGCCUCCCGUCUAUGAGGAUGUACCUUGCAGCCCUCCCACCUACAUGGACGAGUGCGAGGAUCCAAUGUCCGCCAUCAGCUCGCGAUCUGGUAGCUUCAGUAUCUGA